AGUUAAAAAGACAGUACAGGAGAAUUAUGACUAUUGUCACAUUGUAGAGCAAUUAACACAAAUCACGGUCACAACAGACGAAGUAGCUGAAGACCGGGUUUGUACAUUAUGCAUUAGUAAAUGGAACAGCCAUGUCUCUUUUUGCAAAGAGGAAGAGGAGAUCGAGAGAAGUCAGACGCGCGGUCUUUCCUGACGAUGUCAAGGACGGAUUGCAAACGCUGGGAAAUGAGAGCACACGUCCUCCCUCCUCUGUUGCCAAGUCCUGGGAGCGCCGUGGGGACGGAUUCAGGGACUGCCCUGUUGUCGAGGGACAGAAACUGGGCAGUUCUGGAAAGAAGUUAAGAGCUGUGAGGCAGUUGGUUCAUUCUUCAUUCUUAGCUAAAGCUCAAGCGCAGCCGGAGGACCCCGUGCAUAUUGUGUGGAGCUCCAGCGACAGUGAGCUGUCCGAGGGGGAGAGCCAGCGGCCCGUGCCCCGAAACCGCUCGGGUGGGGCGCGCGCUGCCGUUGACGCCUAUGACAGAUACCUGCGUGCGGUCCGCACGGCAGCAGCAGGCCCUCUCGAAGAUGAGCUUCAUAAUAUUGACUGGGACACGGAGAGUGACCAGGAGUAUGCCGGUAGAGUGGAAGAAGGAAAUGUUGCGGAAAUAUCAGAUGGUGAUUCAAUUUCUGAGGAGCAGUCUGUCCCUACAGUCCUCAAAUGUCAAGAUCAUGCUUCAGGGGUCGCUGAGGCCGAGAUCUCCGAUUAUUCCUCCGAUGGGGAGAGUGUGGUGUCCCAGCUGCACGCCGGUCAAGCCCCCCCGUCGGUGAAGCCCUGCCAGGCCGGCGGGAAGUCGGCCAGCGCCUGGAUCAGGUCUGUUCAGGCUCUGCUGCAGACGCCUCAGAAACAGGAGGACAGAAGCUUCAAGACCCCGGAAGAUUCUGCCAAAAAGAAAAAUAAAUUUAUAAGGGGAGGCCUGGCGGAGCGGCUUCACCAGCUGCUGAGCAGACAGAGGUCUGCUGUCAGUUUCUGGAGGCAUCACUUACCCUCAGGCAGUGAAACCUCAGCAGCCUGCAGACCCGGGGUGCUGGUCCUGGAGGUGCUGACGGCGGAGGAGCAGUGUUCCGUGCAGGUUGCCCUCUGCCAGCCGUUGGAGCCGGCCGGCCCAAAGGGCGCGUCCCCGGCGCCUCCUCCCGCCGGCGGGGCCCCCCUGCGGGUCCUCUUCAGCCGGGACACGGCCGCCCGGCUGGCGCCGAGCCCCGGAGACAUCGUGCACGUGUCCCCCCCGUGGCAGAAGCUGAUGAUUGAUGGGGAGAAAAAUCCUGUCAUCCUCAACACUUACUUCAGCCAGAAAGUUGUUUCCGUGGAAAUGGGGGAGAACAGGCCCAAACAAAGAGAGACAUUCCUGAGUGAAAAACCCAUUCCCUACUCUUUAGUACGAGUGUUCAACCUGACGGACGAGAGUGAAAACCUGACAACAAGGGACCUUUUCUGCAGGCAGCAGGUGCCCCCGGCCUCCCCGAAGCCCCUGCCCUCUCCGGCAUCCCAGAGGGAGUGUGAUCCAGGUGUGUCCGACUCGCUGCUGGACGUGAUCGAAGGCCAGUGGGCAGCCGGACGGCUGGGGAUGGAUGUCAUUGUAGUGGUCCAGAGAGUCUACUGGCUCCCCUUCAGAGAGCUUGCAACUCCACAGCUCCUCAAGGACAAGGCCCUGUCUUCAGGGCCUCGUCAGCGCACUGCCAGGCUGUGCCUCCUGGUCCAGGACAGCUACGGGACCUUCAGCGAGGUGCAGCUGAGCCCCCUCCGCUCCCCGGGGCGAGGCCUUCGGGACCGGGACGGGGACCGCGGCCGCGAGUGGGAGGGCAGGUCCUGCGUCCUGAGGGGCGUGAAGGUGGUGCAGAGGAUGACCCGGGGCAGGUCGACAUGGCUUUUUAAUCUGACUGACAGUCUGUGGCCUCCAGUGGUACCUCUGAAAGUGCAUGGAAAAAGCCAAGAUAGUCAAGAGGACACUAGAAAUCUCCCUUCCCCCAGUUUCUGUUAUGUGCUUUCGGGCUGGAGAGAGGAGGGCGCUGUGGAGGUGAUGCAGGAGGAGGCUGUGCCUGGAUUGUACCUGCCUCCAGUAGUGCACACUCUCUGUGAGAUUCUGCAGCGUGUCCCUGAUAACAACAGAUGUACUUUCUCUGCCACUGUAAUAUACAAGAGACUGCAGAGCCCAGAUCUGGAGCAGAGCGAUUUCUGGCUGUUCGUGACUGAUGCCAGCCUGCAGUCUGAUGUCGAAGACGGUCUUUGGUGUCGCAGAACGGUGCCGGUCUGUGUGACCACCUCUUGCGUGCUCGACUCUGCUUUGGUACAAGUGCUUAACAGUGACACUGCCUGCACGCUCACCUUUAAAGAUGCUGUGAAAGAAUGCGAUGCUAUCUUGUGUGUGGAACGCACAGUGCUGCAGCUCGAGCCUCUGCCCCUUCUUGGGAGUGUUGAUGGCACGGUGAGCCCAGGUCAACUGCCUGAACCAGUGAAACUGGAUGAACUGGAUCUGACAACUAAAGCCAACUCUCUGUGUGUGGUGAAAGGAGUUGUGACGGCGGUUGAUGAGAGCACAGCCUAUUCUUGGCCUGCGUGCAGUUGGUGUGGAAAUGAAAAGUUAAAACCAUCGGAUAUGGAACAGCAAACAGUUUACUGUGAUCUUUGUCGAACCACAGUGGAGAGACCUGCCAUGAGAAUGCACCUUGAAGUCUUCCUACACUGUGCUUCACACAGCCAGUGGACCGUAAAAAUUAAGCUUCUGCAAAAAACGAUCGAAUCCCUACUGAGGUCGGCUGAUAGUGACAGCGAGGGCUACAAGGUGGAGAGUGUGCUGGGGAAGGAGUUGGGCCCUCUCACUGGUUACGUUCGUAUUGUCACAAAGAAACCGGCUGCCUGGAUUGGACUGGAAGAAAUUCGUUUCUGCGGAAGUGUGACAGAAAACCUGUGCUGAACCAAAGGCAGAACGUCUCAGAAGCUCAGAAAUACCCUCCUAUGGCUCCUAAGACUACCUCAGUGUUCAUGUUUGGUCAUUAAGUUUGUUUGCCAGUUUGAUGGCACUUGGGUUUAUAAAAUAUAAAUGUAGCUUUGCAGGUGGUCCUGAAAUAAAACCCAUGCAGGAUAAGCCACUGGAUAAAUUGAGGCUCUGCAGGUAAAAACAUCCUGCUGUCUAGAUGAGCACCGACCUCGCUCAUAUUCAGCCCCAGGAGAGGAGACAUCAGCCCCGCUCAUGGCUGUGCAGCGCAAAAUGAUCUUCAGAUCACAGGCCCGCCAGACCAAGUUCCAGCUUGAUUCCAUGUUAUGUGUUCGGACACUUAACUACUAACCCAAACAUGUUGGUGGUUUCCUUUAUUGUUAAGUUCUUAUUAACUCUCCCACUAGAUUAAAUAUUUGAAGUGGAAUUGAUAAACUUACAUUCAAUUAAGGGGCCAGUAUAUUGUGUCAGAGUUUAAUCUGGAACGAAAUUGGGGUUCAGAUGUUGGCGGUUAAGGGGACCUGAAUUGGAAAGCCCUGAUGUAGUGCAAUUUCGAAUAGGUGUAAAUAACUUUUUUUUUAUAUUCCAUGAGAAUUGUAUUUCUUUAAAACAUGGUUUGUAGCUUCAGCAAACAGUAGUAUAAAUAAAACAUGUUUGUGUCUCUUCA